AUGGCACAACUUUCCAAUGUCAGCAUUGGGCACGUCCUACUGGAAGAGGCGGUACGGGUCCGGAAAGGCUUUGAAUACCUGGAAAAUCCGACGCACAUGUCACUUUUAACGUCCUGGCUGUUCUAUGGAUCCAACUUUGGUUUGGGCAAGGACAAUACGGCUUGGUCGUAUCUCAGAGAAGCCACUACCCAAGCGCAUUUACUUGGUCUGCACGAAGAAGAAACCCACAAGAACGAUCCACUCGAUAUAUCUCGCAAGCGCGUAUUGUAUUGGCUUCUUUUGGUCGCGGAAAGAACGCAUGCGCUUCACAAACACCGUCCAAUUUCACUAUAUCCCACUAUACACCCACCUUCAUUGGACGAAUCACCUUCGGAUAGACCAAUCGUGUCUGGACUUGGUUGCCUUAUCAAUCUGUACAAGCCAGUAGACGACACGUUCAUCAGUCUGUGGAACAAGGUCCAGACGCACGGCAACCCCUCAUGGAUCGCACAGCUUCAAAAUCAAUUGACGGAGGCGCUUCCAGCAUAUCUCGAUUGCACGGAGAGUCAAGCUGCAGAUUUACGCAUCACCCAGCAAUGGCUGCGAACUAUGCUAUGGCAGUUGUGCGUGAGCCAGGGUCUCGUCAGCAGUGUGGCAGCGGACAAUACGCUCACCUUCAAGUACCCCAUCGAGAUCUCGCGCGAUCUUCUUUCUAUGACACAUCAGUUCUCUCAGCAUGCGAUGGAAGUGCAUGGCGUGGGUUUGAUCGAGAAAUUAUUCGACAUAGCUUGUUGCUUGACUGAUGUAGUCGCUUGCAUCCCGUUCUCGCCGGACACUUUCGCUUUGGGGCCGCGCGACUACGUCUCUCGCUUCCUUACCUUGUUCUCCGCCCUCCGUGGCGGCCAAACCCGCUAUCUUCCCCUCCUUCUCGCGAAAGUAUCCGAGGUCCUACCUAACCUUCCGCUUCCUCGGUCGCUCAACAUACCUCAGAACAUGUCCGCCAUGGACUCCACUUCGGGCUCCAUCGGGUCAGUUGCAUCCAGUGUGACCGAUGAUUUUACAGGAAUACCAGUUGCAUCGCCCUCGUACCCUUCGACAGAGCUGAUACGUCAACUUGCCGCCCAAACUGGUGCCCAGCUUCCAUUCAACACCUCCCAACAACCACUACUGCAAGCGCCCUCCUCUAGAGUCGAAGAUCUUUCUCUGUAUGACACCUCGGCACCUCACAGUGCCCACUCCUCGGGAUCAGCACCUCCAAGCCAGUCUGGAACGCCCGGUCCUUAUGAGCCCACGAUGCACUCUCGUCCGCCAAUUCCGAGCCAGGCGCAUGGACAUCCGCCGCCUCAGUUGCAACAAGCCCAUACGCAGCAUUCGCAACUACAAAGCCACCAGCUUGGAAUUAGUGCCACUGCAUAUGACCCUAGGUUUAACGUACCAGGUUUCGAUCCGGCAAUGGGUUUCAAACCGGACAGUAUUGAUAGUGCGGGUCACAUACCAGGUCAAGGCGCUCUGGAUAACCAAGGAGCCUACAGGGAAAAUAUGAGUCACGGGAGAGGGCACGGUGGUGGAUAUGCAGGCUGA